CCACCAAACAAACGGCAGCAAGUUCCACUCCUCCAGUAAGGCUUUUCAGUCUGCGGAUGACGUUCGUUCGGUUAAGAACAUUUGUCUGUUCUUGGUGUUGAGUUUAGUUAGCAGUGUGACAGGGUCUGCGUUGUUCGAUAGAGGAGUGCGGUCGAUUUUCAAAUUUUUUUCGUAGGCGGACUGUUUGGAUCGUCAUUUGGGUUAGAGGGCUGAAAAAGCACAACGAAAACAUUGCCGGUCGGUUAGUGGCAGGGUGACACGGCGCCGGUAGGAAAGUGCAAUUGUUUGGCGAUAGUGUUAGGCCCGAUCAUUGGUGUGUGACGCGAAAGAAUAAGAGAAACGCUAGUCGGGGUUUUUUUUCAGUUAUUUUGCCCAUCCGGAAUGCUAUUGUGUUACGGCAGAAGGAAGUCGAUUGAAAAGCUGCAUUGCAUUCGUGUCGGCAUUUGACCGGAGAAGGAUUGGUGCGUUGCGAAUAUUUUAGCGCUGGAAUCGAGUGGAUAGGCGAAUGAUUGAAUACGAUUAGUUCGGCACAGGCCAACCAACGAACGGCAAGCUGUUGCUUGCUGGUGGGAAAUUGCAGUUGUAACAACAGUGGAUAAAAGAAAAUAAAGAGUCAAGCUCUGUGAAGUGGUUUGCGUGAUCGGCUCUCAAGCGUUUCGAUCAUACAGGUGUGUUUAUGCUAGUGGUUGUGCAACGGUGUGGUAGAUCGAUCGUGCCGAAUAUGAUGAUGAUCGCGUCCGGAUGGAUUCGCACCGCUGCUGGUACUAGUGGCGGUGGUUGUGGUGGUCGUGGCAACCGCGGAGGUGUGUUGCCCUCCACUACUACGGCGUUCUUGCUGCUGGUGAUGAUUGUAACGGUUGCUGCUAGAACCCCGAUCUCGAUGACUCUGGAGGAGCACAUUAGCGAUGAUCCCGAUUUGUCUCAGUUUUACGCUCUCAUCGAGCAGAACCCGGUUGCAUCGGCAGCACUGAAGCUCCGAGCUGUGACCAUCUUCGCUCCAACGAAUCAAGCCUUCCAGCGUUAUCUCGGCAAUAAAACGGUCGUCUUGUAUCACAUAUCAACCGUAGCAGCGCCGCUGGAGCAGUUGGGUUCAAUGAUAACAUCUGACUACGACGGGAACCCACCGAUCUACGUGACCAGGAGGAAACAUCUGAACGGCACCGAGGACAUCUACGUGAACAAUGCCAAAAUCAUUCGUAACCGGUCCAACGUACAGCUGACGAAUCAGCAUGGAAAAAAGCAGGUGUUGCACAUUAUUGAUGACGUAUUAACACCACUGACAGUCAAUCCAUCCACUUCAUUCGAGCUGUACAACCCGGAUGCCUUCCAGUUCAUCCAGCAUGCCGAGAACCUGGACAUAAAUCAGCAUCGAAUUCGCUCGUUCCGUCAGAAGAUCAUCAUGAUGAGAAAGGAAGACAUUUACAAGGCAGUUGGCGGCCACACUUUCCUGAUUCCGGUUGAGGAAGGUUUCAAGCCUCCACCACGGCCAGACAUGAUUGAUCGCAAAGUGAUCGAUGGUCACGUGAUACCGAAUCAUGUCAUUUUCACGGCACCGGCACCGCUGGACGACCCGCAGGAGACGCUGGCAUUCGAAGACAACCUCAAAGUGACGGUCACCUUUUUCAAGCAGGGCGAAGGAAAGAACGCAAAAGUUUACGUGCGCUCAAACACGGUAAUUGGUGAUUCGCGGCAUGCGUCCGGUGCCGUUCUAGCCGAAAUCGUCAAAGCAAACAUUCCCGUCCGCAAUGGGGUGGUGCACCUCAUACAUCGCCCGCUGAUGGUGGUUGACACCACCGUAUUGCAGUUCCUGGAGCAUUUCAAAAAUCACGGUUUCUACGAAUCGGACGACGAUGGCGGAUACUCGCAUCCGUCCAACGCGCCCCCAAAGGAAAAGGAAGACGGACCCCUGUUCAAGUUCUACGAGCUAAUCGCCGACUACGCGCCGGAUUAUUUCAAAACCAUGGCCAACCUGCAGCAGAUGACGCUGUUCGCCCCGAGCAACGACGCUUUGAGCCAUCCGAUCGUGCACAACUUCAUCAGUAAUUUAAUCCAGAACAUUACUAAGGGUUACGACGGAAAUGAUCAUUCAGCGGGGAAUCGUGAUAAGCUGCGGGAAAUCCUGAACUUGCAUCUCGUACGCGACAGUAUCACCACCGACAAAAUCCGCAAGAACAACCAAAACCAGAUUUACCAGAUCCCGACUGGUGCGGAUAAAAAAUUCCUGUACUUCAACGUCAUCAACAACCGUUACGACCACAACCAGACGAUCACGGUGGAGGGGGGCGGUGUCAACGCCACGAUUAUCCUCAGCGACAUCGCCGCGACCAACGGCUAUCUGCACAUCAUCGACCGGGUGCUUGGCAUUCCGUACAUGACCGUGCAAGAAAAAAUCGAAACCGACCCGAUGCUCAAUCUUACGUACCAGUUCGGGCGCCUGAAUCAGUUCAACGAACAGCUGAAUAAAACUACGAAACGAUUCACUUACUUCAUUCCUCGGAACCGAGCGUGGAUGCAGUGGUUCCAGGAGCAUCAAGGAGCCAAUCUGAACAGUUUUCUCACCGACAUCUAUCAGACAAGAUCUGUGCUGGAGCGCCAUCUGGUGGUAGCGGACCGGGUGUUUACCAUGUCGGAUCUGAAAAACAUGUCCAACGAUUCGCUCAUUCUGCCAACAGUCGGACCGCACAACCUACAGAUCCGAGUUAAGGAAGAAGACCGGACUGAAGAUGACUAUUCCAAUUCGUUACAGUCCGGAUUCUUCGUACAGUGGAAGGAAACCGGUAAAUGGAUUCCGGUGUUCCGGCCUGAUGUGGAGUGCACGAACGGUAUCAUGCACGUGAUCGAUGCACCGCUUGUGCGGGACCACGAUAUCACCACCAGUGGGACCAGCAGAAGCGGUUAUGCAACCGUCGUGUCAACGCUUAUCAGCACAAUCGUAAUCGCAACCUGGAAGCUUCUGUAAGGAUGCCAGCGUCCCCUCCAUAUAGAUAGGAGCUUUAUUUCAUAUAGUUAUACUCGGCCAUCGAACUGAAAACAAAAAAAAAAACAAAAGAGGAAAACCGGUUCCAAUGUGACGGAAUGAGGGAGCUGCGGCUCGUGAGAAUAUACAUUUAUUACAAUGACAGCAGCAGCCAAAACUAAAGAGCAGAAAGACAAGCAUAUAUGAUGGGUUAUAUUUUAACUAGUGACAUCUAUUGAAGAGAUUUCCAACCGUUCAGCAAAUAUUUCACUCUCGGACCAUCACACCCAAACGCUGGCUGCAAAAAACUCUACCGCUACCAAGGAGGAUAAGAAAACAUUUUUCUCUCUUAGUACAUUUUCCCACAACGGCAUAUCGCACGAGCCACAGAAUGGCAUAUAGGGCUUAUCCCUUGGUGGAGUGGAUUAAAUGCCACAGCUUUUCCAGUCGUAUUUUUGGAAGCAUACCAUUGUCGGUAUUUCAAGUGCAGUGCAGCUGCUCAUCGUUUUUCGUUCUUCCGAUGCUUUUCUCUUCAUGGAAAGCUAAUCGUUUUCGCUACUAUAAUACAGCUUUGAUAUAUGCUGCAGUCAAAUCAAUGUAGUUUUAAGAAAAGAUAGACUCGACAAAUUUGUCGGUAUGUUUAAUUUCUUUUUUCCUAGCGCGAUUUUUUUUAGUCGUAAUACAUCAUUCAAACGAAAACAAAACAACAAAUACUGCCGAAUUUACUGAAUCGGAUAUCAAGAGAGUAGGAUCCUGAACAGGCAAUUUUAGUUUCAUACAAAGCAACGUAUUUUGCGUUAGUUUUAUAUCCAGACAAACAGUUUCUAUCAACUCAACGAUGAUAAUCAAACGCAGUUUAGACAAACCAAAUUGCAAUCAAAAAUUGCAUUUACACAGUUUGAGUUUUUUUUAACAAUCAUAUACUUUAAUAACAGUACGUAGCGCAGUCGACAGAACAUAAUUGAUUUUUAAUUCUCAUUUUCCCUAAGCCUAAACAUGACAAACAAGUUAUAGCAGAGCGAAGAAAUGAAACAAUUUUAAUAAAUUUUCCGAAACUGCAAACAAAAGAAACCAUAUUAAUAAAAGAGCUUAACUGCAUUCCGUCGAUUGUUUGGAGCGGGGCGACUAUUUUAUACGUAACGUUACGUUACUUUGCGAUUCUCGUAAAUUCGUACUGUGUUGACAAUAGCCGGAGCGAAAAAUUAUUGCACACUCCACAUUUCAAUCAGUAUAAAGUUAGAGCUUAAGUGACGGAGGUGACAUAGAAGCAUGACAUGUUAAUUAAGUCUUUAAAAGGUGCUCACAAACGAAAAACACGAAGGCGACGAUCGAAUCUUUUGUUUCAAUUUGGUUUAUUACAAUUUUCCCUAACUCUACAAUGACUUGGGGGUGAAUCACCAGAAUUUUAGUUCAUGUCCAACAACUUUUAAACAUUAUUCCAGAGCUUCGCCAUUUCCGCUAAACUGUGAGUGUGGUUCAAUAGAAUAUGUGUUCAGAAAAAUGAUGGAAUCAAACACUAUAAUAGUAUUAAUAAAUACAAAUACCAAUUUGCAUACGAAUUCGAAGGCCACGGAAUGAGUGAAACCGUGUGUACCGAAAUCACCGUGCUUGCAUCAACAACGCAUUUUCGUUUGCUACUCAUCAUUCAUAACCUUAUUGUGCACUUUAUAAACGGUCCGUAAAAUUAACAAAAUUUAGGCGAUCAGUGGGUGAAUGUGAAGCAAUUUCCUUUCUCGCUCCAUCCAAACGCUACAUAGUGGAAAACCAGUGCCCUAAUGACUAUGAAGUAGCCUUUCUUUAGCUAAAGUGUGUUCAUUAUUUCAAAAGUUACGAAUUGUCAUAUUCCCGUUACUUUUAUCAGGGCUGAGCCUGAAUCUGAAAAAACCCAAUUUGGAGAACGCCAAUUAUUUUGACCUAACCUUAAUCAGUUGCUGUGCCUUAUUGGAAGAAACAAAAACAAAUUGUUAGAAAAAAAACGUUGCAGAAAUAUUUUCUAUGCCUUCACGAAAAUGUGGCCGAGAAAGGAAAUUGUAUUUCAUUUGCGAACAAAAUUAUUACAGUUAUCAAAAAAAAGCAAAGAUGAUUUAGUGUUUUUAAAAUCGAUAACAAAAAAAAAAUUAACAUAGAAAAACAAAUGAAUGUGAGAAAUGUUGAUCGUAACUUAAUUUUAGUAAACAUACUUAUUGCCUUUUGAUAUAAACAGGACGAUCCAGCAGAGGGAUCUACAAUUAUUCUUGAAUUAAGAGAUAGAACUACAAUAACUAACUGCGAAUGAUGUGAGUAUUUUAAGUGCACUCCGUAAAGAGCUCGCCUCUUUUCUCUCUUAUUACUUUUAUAUAUUCUAUUCAAUCGUGACGAAAUAUGUAUUUUUGUGGUAGACUUUGUGAAACAUUGCCCUCUAUUGAAAAGAUGCUAAUUUUUAUUGAUUAUGCAUAGUUCCGUACGAAAGAGUAUGUUUAAGAGCUAUAUUUUGAAGAAACAUACACGUAGUUGCUGUGUUAGUGCUAUUUUUCAUAUUAUAAUCAUCUAUAUACCAAAAAAAGACACACACACACACACACACAAAUCAAACCGAAUGUUGCGAAUGAGGAAUUUGUCUAGAAAUUAGCUCGUAUUAAUCACAAUCUCACUCACACGACUCUCAUGUUCGGUUGUUAAUAAACGAAGAAGAAGGAAAAACUUACUCAAAACAUUCAAUUUAGUAAAGUGACAUUUACAACAAGAAGAUAACAAAACCCACAUUUACAAAAAAAAUUCUCCCGACGGAUCAUCCAUUUUCUAGUUCAAAUUGUAGACUUACACGGUUUAGAUAAUUAUAAAGAAAAACCAAACAAAAAUUCAUUUAAACGUAAGCAAUGUGACUAAAUAGACAUGUUUGUUAUGAUCUUCAUCCCCAGAUAGGAACCACAAAGGUGAGAAGAAGAAGAAAAACAGGAAAACCUACCAGAGAGUGUUGAAGACAGAUUGUAUAAACUAAACGCUAAGUUCAAUCAAGUACACGCAGUUAAGUAGUUACAGUGAACCGAUGUAAAAUAUGAAGAAAAAAACCGACAACCUGCAUAAACAAAUCAGAGGUGUAGUCUUCUCUUAACUGGGACGAUUUGAAUCAAAUGAAGCGAUAAUAAACUAUUCAUACUGCUAAGAUUGAUAUAUGAAAA